AUGAAUUAUGAGCAAAUUGUUAUUGAGUAUUAUACAACACUUGAUAACAACAAGAGAAAUAAUGCUAAAAGUCAAAUUAUAGAAAAAAUUAAUAAGGCUGAAGAUAUAGAACAAUUAACUUUUUUGUUAACCAAUUCUCAUAAUCAAUAUGUCUUAGCCUAUGCAUGUUCAAUACUGUCUGAGGCUAUGCUUAAUAACUCAAAACUAUUUAUUGGUAAAUCUCUUUUCUUUCAAACAAUUGCAUUAAAACUUUAUUCAUCUGCUUCGUUAAAUGAUGGGGCAAUAAAAAAUUUAGCUUCAAAGUUCUUUGCUUCAUGCGUUAUUGGAUGUUGGCAAAUAGAGCAUAAUACACAAAAUUUAGUAAAUACAUUAACUGAAUUAGAAUCAAAUAAAUAUAGUCUUUUUGCUGACAUAGCCCUGACUUUAAUAGAAACAUUUCGUUCAUACCAAGACAAACCUAAUUUCCCUAAAAAAAUUAUUGCAGAUUUUAGAAAUGGAGUGUUGAUGGUUAUUGCUAAAUUAGCUAUUAAAAAUAUUCAAAUAAAAAAUCCUGGUGCUGUUGAUAUUCUUGAGAACGUCAUGUUUGUUUGUAACGUUACUAAAACAGAUGAAACAGAUGAGACAUCUACAUUUUGUCCAACUCCAGAAUUUCAUAAAUUAUUUAUGGAAUCAUUAGAUAAUAUUAUUCAACAAAUACCAACAACAUUACCUUUGAUAGAUCGAAUGUCAUGUAUUCGAUCAUCAUGUUUUUAUGAUUCAGAUAAUUUUGAAGGAUCAAGAGAGUGGUUUGUUCAGAAAAUUAUGAAAGUAGUUGAAUUUUGUUUUUACCCAUCAAAUAAUAUUUCAUUACUUUCUAUUGGAGCUAAGAUAUUAGUUCAUCUUCAUACAACACAUCCACUUCAUAACUAUGUAACUCAAGAAUUUAUUGAUAAAGUUGCUCAAUGUACAAUAGUUAUUGCGUGUAAUGGAGAUGACAAUGCAUUAUAUGACAUCUUAAGAUUUUGGGGAAUUUAUUCAUUAUAUUCAAGUAUUGAUCCAUCAUCAACUGAUUGUCUCACUUCUAUUUUUUGUAGACUAGUAUUAUCUGAACAUUCAAAUGAAUUAACAAGUCAAGAAGGAAGCCAUUUUGGUACAUUUGCCCGUAAUGGAUUAACUGUACUAAUAAGUAUGUAUGAUAUUUUAUUAACAUACCUUACAACAGAUUCAAUUACAAUUCCAACAUCACAAGUUUCUUUUAUACAAAAGUUAUAUAAUGCUAUCCAACAAGCAAAAAGAGAUAGAACUAAUUAUUUUGGAAUUUUAUCUAAUUUGUUUCUUAUUGCAGGUAACAUAAUUUCAGGAAGAGACUCAACAAGUCCAACGUAUGUUUCAGUAUAUUCAGGAUUUGCAUCAAAGAUAUGUACAAUUUGUAAAUUAGUUACUGAACAAAUAAUUAAAUCAACUUUCGAUAAAAAUGAAGAAGACUCAGCAUAUGUUAAACUUCAAAUAUCAAUUUUAACAUUUUAUAAAGCAUAUAUUGUUAGUUCAUUAUGGGAUGACUCAAAAAAUUAUCGGUUUGAUGGGAUGUUAGUAUUGUAUCAAUCACCAAGUCAAAAUGGAAUAGAAUUUUUUAUAGAUAUGGUAGGAAUCCUUUUUACAUUAAUUCCUUAUUGGAACGGAAAUUAUAAAGUGUUAAGUGAAACAAUGAAAUUAUUAGCAAAAUUAUUAAGUGCAAAAGAAUAUGCACUUCGUUUAAUUGAGAGACCUCCACUAAAAUAUUUAUUUCAAACAAAUGCAUUUACAACUAUUGAUGGUAUUCAAUUAAAAAAUACUAAAGAGUUAAUAGAAAUUAGAACAUUAUAUUUCACUUCAUUAGGAAUGUUAUUAUACAGUCUUCCAAGUAAAUUUCAUUUACAAUUUUUAACUCAAUUUUUAAAUCCUCAUACUUAUCAGUUAGUUGAUAUUAGGGCAAUAGUAAAAACAUCACACUCUUCUGUUGAAUGUAUACCACCUAUAUUUGAGCAUAUUUGUGCACAUAAAGAUAUUUAUUUAGCUCUUCCUAAUGAACCAGUAAAUGGAGAAAAUUGGUAUUUUUCAUUAAAAUUAAUAAAACAAAUUUCUAUAGCAAGAGACUUUCGAUAUAAUUAUGCACCCGAAUGUCCAACUGCAUGUAUACUGUUCCAUAGUAUGUCAAGAUUAUUAACAAUGUUUUCACAAACUUCUAUUCAACAAUCAUCAAUGAUAAUGAGAAAUACUAAAACAGUAGAGUUUGACGCAUUUAUAAAAAAUGCUACUGUUGGAUUAGCAACGUCUGUGUGGAUGUUACAAAAUAGCCAUAUUAACUUUGCAGCAUUUAAAUUGUAUAAUGAUAAUACUGUGUCACUAUUAAUUAACUCAAUGUGUGAACUUGCUAUGAUGUUAGAAAGUGUAGUAGAAGUAUAUCCUAAAACAAAAGAAAUUUUAUUUGCUUUUGUAGAAACUAUUUCAAAACAAGUAACGUCUUUACAGUUAGAAAGUAACAAGGUAUUAUUUAUUAUUAAAUGUGCUAUAAUUGCAUUAAAACAAAAAAAAGUAAGUUCAAUCGUAAUGGGAAGUUCGACAAUAGAAAAUAUGUUAUUUGAUUCAUUUAAGAAUAGAACAAAGAAUCCGUACUGUGUCCAAUUAUUAAAUGCUGUAGAACCUUUAAUAGGAGAUAUUCUCUUUAAUGUCUUCGAUAAUUUAUUCAAUGAAUUUGAAGCAUGGACCUUAGAAAAAUUAGUUUUUGGUAUCAUGGUUAUUUACCCAGAAGUUUAUACUCAAACCCAAUACAGAAUUGCUAUGGAAAUUCAUGAAAGUAAAAAUAGAGAAAAGUUUCUUUCAUUUUUCCAGUCUAUUACUUUAUCAAAUAUUUCUGACUUAGACGUAAUACAAAAAAUAGAUUUUGAUUCCAGACUUCGUUCCUUUGUUGCUGAAAUUAAACCGUUAUACCACAAUAAUUGUUUUGAAUAA